AGCUCACCGGAAGCUCCCACAAGAGACAACAGACGAGCCUUGAAGUAACAGCCAUUAAUACAACGAGAUACAAACAACACGCAGUUUGUUCUUAUUUCUCACCUCAAAUUGUUUUUUUUAGUGCUACAGUGAUCUGCGAGGGUGACGUUUGAUUGAUUAGGACCAUGGGGAGGAGCAGGAGUCGAUCUCCUACAAGACGAGGUGAGAAACUACAAGCAGCAGAGAGAAGGCGUUCCCGCUCAAAUUCACGGGAGCGUGACCGAAGACGAAGGGAUAGGGAUCGUUCUCGAGAUCGGGACAGAGAGCGGCGGAGAAGUCGCUCACGAUCUCCUCACAGGAGACGUUCAAGGUCUCCCCCCAGACGUCAUCGCUCCUCCUCCCCCUCUGAGGAGCGCAAAGAUUCUAAGGAAAAGUCAGCAAAGACCAUUCAGAUCUCAGAGGAAGACAUGGAGGGCAAAACAGAGGAGGAAAUUGAGAUGAUGAAACUGAUGGGAUUUGGUUCCUUUAACACCAGCAAGGGCCGGAAAACUGACGGAUCAGUCAAUGCAUUUGCUAUCAAUGUGAGCAUGAAGAGGAAAUACAGGCAGUACAUGAACAGAAAAGGUGGGUUCAACAGACCACUGGACUUCAUCGCUUGAAAGAAUCAACAACUCAUUGUGAUACCCGAAAAGCUUACCUCCGUUCUCCCCUCACAGUAGUGGAUGAUAUAGUGCUAUUUCUUGUUAGUUCAAAUCUGUUUUUUGUUAUGCAACAGUUGUGUAUAUACUUUUUUUUCCCCCCAAGUGGGUCUCCUAACAAUGCUCA